CUUCUCUAAUGUCCGGUACAGGAUUUUGAACAUAUUGAAAAGAAUCUCUAAUUUGAUGUCAAAGUUUGUAUCUUGCUAGGUGUUUUGGAGAUUUUGGCUCUGAUUCGAGCUUCCGUUGAUGCCUAAUUCUGUUUUUUGUUUCGCUAUAUUUCAAAUAAAAAAACAAGAUUUAUUUUCAUAUUCUUUCAUAACCUAAAAAUUGUUAAGAUUAAGAGCCCCUGCUGUGAAAACAAAAAAGUUUGUGACGCUGAAAUAGGCCUAAUUAGGUUUGCAUCGAUUUGGUUUUCGUAUCGAUUAGUGAUUAAUUAUAUAUGAAGGAAUUGUGUUUGUUUGUUUGUUGGUCGAUUGAAUCGCGUAGGUGAAUACUAGAGAUGAUAUAGGAGACAAUGAAUGUUGUAGGAUGGUAAAGCCGUAAAGGUGCUACCUUUGUGAAGGAAGGUGGUAUCUUUGGCAAAGCCCUGUUCUGGUUUUACUGAUUUGCAGGGUCCAUGAGGAUCCAAUUACGAGUUUUUUCUUCGCAUAUGGUUAUCUGCAUAGCCUAUAGGAGGUAAGUGAUUCUCAUUCUGAGUAAAUAAGGCGGCAUUACAGGGAGGGAUUUUUGUUGUUAUACAUUGAGGUGAGUGGUUAGGCACUGGAAAGGAGUUGGAAAGAGGGAGUUUGCGGCUGUCAAAGAAGUUAAAUGGGAUAUUGGAAAUCUUCAGAUAAGAUAAUAUCCAGCUUUUUGUGGGGUGGUAGUUGGUUGUCAUAGUGAUCAUUGUAGGAAGGGAAAGGUGGAGAGUUGUUGCAUCACGAAACUUCGAUGAUUAGCUCUAGCUAGCUAAGAAGAAAUAUAGAGGCCCAACCUCUCUUACAGACAUACAUUAUUUGUGUUUAUGCUAGGCUGGUUUAAAUAUGGUUGUCCUUCUGUCCGUCUUUCAUAAGCUUUCACCUCAUUCAUUCAUACAUAUCAAUCUGAGAUUUCAAAUCAGCAAUUUGCAUAUGCAUUCAAUCUUUCACUCUACUUUCAUGUUAAUAUGAUUAUUAAUGACUUUCAAAUAAGAGAGAUGCAGCAGACAUGACAUAACCAACUGAAGACACGUCAGAGGAGUUAAUGUAAAAUAGUUGGUUCUAACUACAAACAUAGAACAUUUUUCCUAAAUCUAACCAUUUUUGCAAUAUGUAUAUAAAACCUACUUUGGUUAGCAUAUCUAAUUUUUUGAAAUAUGUGCAUAUCUGGUUAACAUACCAAAUUCUGGAAUCUGUAAAAGAUACUUUAGUUACUUAUAUAAUAUUUUGAACAUUUGUAAUUGCUGUAGUUUGAAAUAUAACACACCCGCAGCAUCGCGCGGGGGUCAAUGCCUAGUAUUUAUGAAUGACUGGUUUUCUAAUAAUUGUACUCGGAAAAUAGGCCUAUACCAGUCUGUCCAGUGUGCUCAUUCUCUCCCACCUCCUCCUCAGAGAAGGGAAAAGACUGGAUCUUUGUCUCCCCAACAAAAUUAGAAACCUCUCCUCCCCCCACUCCCAUCAACUUUCUUUUGUGACGCCACCUCUCUCCUCAGAAAACCCAAAUUAUUCAAUGGCUUAGGAAUCUAUAAGUAAGAGGUUGUGCUACUGAAUAUUCUCAAUGGAAGCACAGAGCUUGAAAGAGGACAAUCCUAAAUUGCAGAGCUUGGAAGAAGACCCUAAACCAAAGGGCUUGGAAGAAGAAGAUACUAAAUUACAGAGCUUGAAAGAAGACCCUAAACCAAAGGGCUUGGAAGAAGAAGAUACUAAAUUACAGAGCUUGAAAGAAGACAGUUCUAAAUCACUAGAAGAUCCUAAAUCACAGAGCUUGAAAGAAGAAGACCAUAAAUCACAGAGAUUGAAAGAAGAGGAAUGUAAGUCGCACAGCUUAGAAGAAGACCUUACGUUAAACAGCUUGGAAGAAGACCCUAAAUCGCAGAGCUUGAAAGAAGAGAACCCUAAAUUACAGAGCUUGGAAGAGGAAGAGCCUAAAUCACAGAGCUUGAAAGAAGAAGGACUAGAUAGCUUGGGAGACCCUAGAUUCAAUGAAAAUGCAUUGCAAUUCCUAGAUUCAAUGGAUGGGUAUUUAACACUAUUGGAUUCAUUGUCUUGGACACUUCGGCAGGGAUGGCUGCAACUAGCAAGUGCGCGCCAUUCAAUGGGUGGGUCACGGGUGAGCAGUGCUGUGUUGGAUAUGAAGCCCCACUCGGCUGCUACUUUUUUGCAAGUCAGCAAACAAUCCAAUCCAGGAGCAGGGUUAGGGGAAAUUCAUCAUUUUACAUUGCUGAAAUGGGCCUCCUCUGAUAAUGGAAAUGGAGCUCCACAUAGAGAUGCGAGUCCGCAGCUAAGACAAAGAAAGGACAAGGAUGGAGAUUCAGCUCCAGUUACAGCUGAAGAUGAUUAUCAACAUCAACUUCAGAAGGAGCGGUUUAAAUCACUUUCGGUGUUUGGCGCUUUGGUUUCCCCCAAGCUACGGGCGGCUCAGCUCUCAUUCGAAACUGCACUUGAAGCGCUUGUAGAGAUUGCUAACAUGCGAUCGUUGAUGCUUUCCAAUUUUCAUGAAGUCAGAAAAGAAAUGGAAUCAGCAAAUGGCAAACAAUGAAUGCUAUUGCCAUGGCAUGAUUGAUACAUUUCUAGCCAGAGUAUUUGAGCACCAUCUACCUCUUUAAUUCUUCUUGUCUUCUUUUAUUUCAAUUAGUUGAUUUUGAAGUUUACUUCAGUUCAUGUCUGUAGGAUUUGAUAGUCGAUAACUAAGAGUAGUUCUGUAAAUUUGUUUAUUCAUCCACCUGAACCAUAACUUUUGAAUUCAAUGCUCAGAACUAAACUAGAUGGUUGAAGUGAUGAUAUUGUUAGCUUUCCUUUUUCAUC